AUGUCAAAUUUGUUUGAGUUUUUGUUAAAUAAAAAAAGUUAAAAUGGUGAUUAAUAGUCAAAAAUAUUUUACAAAAAUGGAAAUACAUACAUUUAUUUAAGUUGGUUUUCAAGCUGUAAUUUUAUUGCAAGUGUUCGAAGGGUAGGUCUACAAGACCUACAAAAAUGACGGAUCUAUUCACCAAAGUUAACUGUACAUACUGUCAGGAAGAAAUAAACAGUGUUAGAGUAAAAUGUUGUGUUUGUGCUGAUUUCGACAUAUGCCUUCCAUGUUUUUCAGUUGGUGCAGAAAUAGGACCACACAAAAAUGAUCACUCAUACAAAUUCGUUGACCACUGUGCUGCCAGUGUGUUUGGUGGAAGAGGAGGAUGGACUGGUAAAGAACAUUUGCAAUUGUUGGAGGCAGUAGAAUUGUAUGGAUUUGGUAAUUGGGAGUUGAUUAGUCAACAUGUUGAAUCAAGAACUCCCGAAGAAGUAAAAGAAGAAUACAUAGCUCGUUAUUUAGAUGGAAAUAUAGGAAGAGCCACUCUAGCCAGUGUUAUUGCCAAUAAGCCAGUUUUAACUGAUCAUGUUUCAGAAGAUGAUGGACCUCUAUCACCUAAAGUUGUAGCUAGGCUACCACCAUUAGAUGUUACUCUUGAAGAGGCUCGACUGUUAGGCUACAGACCACAUAGAGAUGAUUAUGAAAGGGAGUACAACAUGGAGGCUGAACAGCUAGUGUCUAAGCUUGUCUUAGAUCCCGAUCAAGAUACUGAAAUGGAGAUAGCAUUAAAGUUAUCAAUAGUAGAUAUGUAUGCUAGGAGAUUAAGGGAAAGGGCUCGUAGAAAAAGAUUAGUUAGGGAGUACCAGUUAGUGGCAAAAUACUUUAAUAUGAAAAAAGAUCCUAGUAAAAUGCUACAAUUUACAAAGGAACAAAGGGAAUUACGGGACAAGUUUCGAGUUUUUUCUCAAUAUCUUUCAUGUGGCGAACAUGACCGUCUAAUAGCUAGUUUAGAAAGAGAAAGUCAACUGCGUCAUAGAUUGUCCGAACUUCUGAAGUAUCGUAGUUUGGGCCUUAAGACACAAGAAGAAAUUAUCCAUUAUGAACAGCACGUUAUUCACGAAAGGCAGCAGAUGUUGAAGCAAACCAACAAAACUAAUAACAAUACCAAAAAUCCGGGAUAUGUUAAAAGAAAUAAGUUGUACCAAUUUGCAUACCAUCUGGGACAACAAUGGCUUUCUACUACAGGUGUUCCUCCUCCAAAGAGGAAAAAGAGAAGAUCAAAACACCGGUUCCACCGAAAGAAGAUUCACGUUGGAACAAAGAGGAAGAUGCGACAUCAGCAGUUACUACUUCAACAGCAACUGGAACUAGGAUAGCUUCAUUCGUUUCUAUAACUUUGCCACUAAUUUUCAGAAACAUUUAUUGACGAAACGAGUGUAGGGAAUGUUUAGAUAUUUCUACGAGUCUAAAUGCCAGUUAAGACUGACCUUAUUACGAAAGUAGUACAAAGUUUUUACCUAGUGUAGUCCUUCACUGCAACAACUGUUUACCAAGUCUAUCGAAUAAUUAAUUGCUCAUACAGUGUGUCUACAAAUUCAUGAUGCUGUUUUACAUGUCGACAAUUUGAUUCAAUUUCUGUACUUUGGAGCUCAAUAUUCGGUUAAUUUUCGUUAAUAUUCAGUUAAAAAGCAAAAAUUCGAUAUACAGCGUGUUUCUUUAAGAAUGUCCAAUCUCGGAGUUGGAGAUUCUAGACCUCAAAAUAUUAAGAUUUAACUAAAAUCUCUUAAUAAAAUGUGGCUCCUUACAGAGUUUUAUUUAAAAAUUUAAACACUAUUUUUGCUCAGUAUUUUAAAACUAUUCGACAUAUCCUUUUCAUUAUUGGCAGAAAUUGUAGGUACUAUACACCCUAUGAAAGUAUGUUAAAUAAACGUUUCUGGCUAUUAAUAGAGGCGUACGACAGGGGACAGUGAAUGGUGGACCCUUCUGAAAUUCUACGCCACUAGCGGAAUUUCCAUUUUAGCACGAUUUUUCGAUUGUCCAAUACUCUCUAUGUAAAUAUCAUACUCUUCACUCGUUACGAUAAAGUCAUUAGUUUACGAGGUAUUUGAAGUUAAACAUGUAACGGCAUAGAUAUUUUCAUUAAUGUAUUGUGCCCCUUAAUUUUAAACUUUAUCUCGAAAACUAAUUAUUUUUAUCGUUAAGACUGAAGAGUAUAUUAUUCAUUCUUAACAAUAAAAUCAUUGGUUUUCGAGAUAAUUGGAAUUAAAAAUUAAGCGGCGCAAUACAUUAAUCAAAAUAUCUGCCGUUACAUGUUUAACCUAAAAUAUCUCGAAAACUAAUGACUUUAUGUUAUGAGUGAAGAGUAUGUUAUUUACAUAGAGAGUAUUGGAGAAUCGAAAAAUUGCGCUAAAAUAGCAAAUCCAAUUAUAAUUUGGGAAGGGUCAAUCAUUCACUGUCCCUGUCGUACACCUCUGGUAUGAGCCAGAAACGUUUAUUUAUCAUAAUUUAGUUAAAGUGUACACCUACACUUUCUGCUAAGUAUGAAAAGGAUACGUCGAAUAGUUUUAAAAUACUGAGCAAAAAUAGUUUUUAUAUUUUUAAAGAAAACACCCUGUAACUCACUAAGAAUCCAUAUUUUAUUUAAUUGAUUGUGGUUCAAUCUUAAUAUUUUGAGAUCUUUGAAUCUACAACUCAGAAGAUUGGACAUUCUUAAUGAAACACCCUGUAUGCCCGAAUAAAGCCUUUAAAUCAGGACCGUUAAUUUUAGACCCAUUGAAUAGUAAAGUUAUAUUCAGAAUUGUAUAUAUAUUAUUGUAUUACUAUGUUUAAGCUCUUAUUUUUAUUAUCAUCUAUACCUACUUAUUUCGUUUUAAAUAUAAUUUUAGCUAUAUUGUGUAUUUGAAACCGCCAUAUCUUUAUUUAUGUUUUUGAACAAUAACCUUUUUAUGUAAAAUAAAAAAAAUGUAAUUGGUUUUAACUCUUGCUGAAAUUAAGUACCAAAUUUUUAAUUUACAAAGGCAAAAGAUGAAUAUAGUGGUUUUCCAUUUUUUGUAGUAUAAUAGUUUCUUUUAAUAAAUAUGUGUACAGAAA